UAAGAGAAUAAACUACAAUUGAGGCAAAUACCUUUUCCGGGUUUGUAGUUUGAUUAUGUAUGAAUUAUUUAUAAUUCAUUAGACCAUAGUUAUAUAGCUUCAAAAUCCAAUUUUUUUUUUCAGAAAAACAUUUUUAUCUCACUAAAUGUAUUUUUAAUUCCUAAAAAGCUACCGAAACCGAUGCCGAGGAUCAUAAAUGAGUUUCUUGGGGGACAUAGCCAAGAAUUUGGUGCAUAAAAUAUUUAGUCACUUCUAAAAUCAGCAGGAACCAGAUUAGAGAAGCUUACUCCCUCAACACAUGGAGCUAAGGGAUUUGGUUUACUCAGGCUACUCUAAUACUUUUUUAUGCAAUUGAUUGUGAUGAAGAACAGGCUGACCACCAGAGGUAAAGAUGAUACAAUGGAAUGCAAACGUGGAUUUCCAAGAGGUCCAAAAAACUCAUCAACGUCUCUUUUAUAAAAUGCUCACGUUAAAGAUAUGGAAGUCGCUCCCAAGGCCUAAUGGACACAGAUUAUACGGCAAAAUGGUCUUCCAUCAUUCAAUUUGCAUUAGAUACAUACAUGGACAAAGUUAAAUUAUUCCUGCUAAGAUAUGCUCUGCAAAAAUUGACACAUAGCAUGUAGAUCGAGGAAGAAAAAUUUAAGGACACCAUGGAGAACGACCACUGUAACCAGAAUGCCUAAUCAUGUUUGUAGACAGGACUCUAAGGAACAUGCUUCUCUCUAUACAACAAAUUUAGAGACGACAACUUGAAAGAAGCACUAUACAGUUGGUACUCAACACGGCCUGCAAAGAUGAGUCUUAAACAAAAACAGUUUUUGAAAUCUGCUAUUCUUAGUAGCUGCAUUCUCCAGCACUCUUAGGCACCUGUUGUACAAAGUUUUUGACUAAAUACAUUUUACAUUUAUUAGAAGAAAAAAAUCGAAUUAACCGGUUUCAGAUAUCAUACAUUAAAAUCUUUUCAGGUUUUGGAUGUUAGUUUUGAUAUUAUUAUUACAAUAAUCGAUUUUGUGGACGAAACCCACCAAUCACAAGCCUCGGAUCUGAUACUAUGGGGAAGUAGCACAAGCCAAACAAAGCAUCGAGAAGUUUCCACAUCACGCCACUAAAAAUAGCCACGUUGUUUCGUUGAGUUUGGAGACUCUAAAUCUUCCUUUGUCAUGAUACAGCACAUUAAGUACUUAACGGUACCAACAUUAAUAACCAUGGACCAUUGGCGCAUUUUUUGCAUGUUUUUUUAGUGAGCCCCAUACUACUUAUAGAGAGAGAACAACAAGGAAUGAGCAUCACACAUCAUGAACCAAACCCAAAGCCCUUCUGAUGAUAACAAUGCCAAGCAGACCAGAACCGGAGAGAAGUCCACGGAACCGGAGUGGAUAACCGAAACGAUCAAUGGUGGAUCCACACGCCACGUCGAUCUCCAUACAGGAAUCAACGGCUUUGCUGCACCUCCUGGAGACGUAUUCUCUGUCCGAUCCACCGACUACUUCACCAGCAAACAGAAAUGUCCCGGUGGAGACUACCUCCUCUCUGCCGCCGGCGUUGACUGGCUCAAAUCCAGUACCAACCUCGACAACAUCCUAGCUCGUCCCGACAACCGCGUGGCUCACGCGCUCAGAAAAGCACAGUCUCUUGGCCGAUCCCAAAACGGUUUCAUCUUCGCUGUGAACUUUCAUAUUCCAGGCAAGGAACACUACCACUCGGUGCACUACUUCGCGACGGACCAACCCAUUCCAUUAGACUCUCUCCUAAAACGGUUCAUAGACGGAGACGACUCGUUCCGUAACGAGAGGUUCAAGAUAGUGAGCCAAGUGGUGAAAGGGCCAUGGAUAGUUAAAGCGGCCGCAGGGCAGUUCGGCGCGUUCCUUGCGGCUAAGACAGUGAGGUGUACUUACCAUAAAGGACCGAACUACUUUGAGAUCGAUAUCGAUACAGGUAGCUGGCCCAUCUUGGCGGCCCUUGUACGGCUUUUGUUCGGGUACGCAAGGAGCCUUAUUAUCGACAUUGGCUACGUUGUUGAGGCGCAAGAAGAGGAUGAGCUGCCGGAGAGACUGAUCGGAGGCAUUAGGUUGUGUCAUAUGGAGGUAUCUUCGGCGUUUGUGGUCGACCCGCAGCCAGUGAAACCGUACAGAAUGAUGGGUUCAGCGGAAGCAAGCCACGACGACAACACGCAUUGAAUUAAUUUCAAGUAAUUUUUAAUAGAAAGAUUAAAACAUUCAUAAACUGUUAUGAACUUUUUUUUGUCGGCAACUUUUUAUUUAUUAUGAAUAAGCCAUAAAGGGAUUGUUACAAAAAAACAAAAAAUAACCUAUAAGGGAUAAAGGCUGCACACUAGUCGUUACUCUCCUCGGUGUGAGCAUCGUAUCACGAGACCAAGGAUAGAGUACAGCCACGUUGCAUUUGUGAUGGUUAUGGUGAUGAUGAUUGAGACGUGUCACAUUGUUCAAUCUC